UUAUCAUCAAUCAUUGCCCUGUAGUACUUGUACUUCAUUCGUUGUGUGCACGAACUGAACGUUCGUUCAAAGGUCUAGACAAGAUUCAUAAAUUUUACGAUUUGGUGGAGAAUAUUUGGCGCCAGGAAAAGCAUAUCCGGUCUGAUCUGAGUUUCACAAAUUUCGAAACAUUUGACGCAAGUGUUUAAUUUCGUCGGGAACUCCAAUUCGAAUUCGUAGUUAAGUGGCAACAAAUUUAAGUAGAACACGCCAGUGCUCCCGGGACUGAAACUGAGAGUGAUUGCAUCGAGUGCUAACCAGCCUCAAUUGUUUGUUCCGUGAAGCCCUCUGCACACCAGUAUACCUGGGAAUGCUAAUUAAUCUAACCAAUUAAGGCGUUGAGUACAUUUAAAGUAGUUCAUUUUUGCGCGCAAAGAUUACACGCACUCGAUAACAAUACGAUGAAUCAAUUCGCCGCUGGAGGCUUACUUCCCGGGGCUUUGGGAAAUUGAUUUUCCCACUUGUUCCAGCUGUGAGGUCAUUUGGGAUGCGAACGUAACACCUAAUUGUUCCGAUGUAGAUUGUUGCACUUUGCUUGCCAUAUCGUGGGGAUUGCUGACGCCAGAACGACGUUCUGUUCACUAGAGUCAGGCUCUUAAAUAGUCACUAGCAACGGGCCAGCGUAGUCAGUUCAAGUUUGGCGAUUCGUGGUGCGUUUGGAUUGCUUUCCGGUGACAGUGUUGGUGAAAUAUAAAGCUCUGAAAAAUUAACCAUUGAGCCGGGUGUGUUUUCAUCUACGCAUUGUGUCAAAAAUGAAUUGCAAUCAAGUGCUGUGGUGUUUCGGUUUGCUUCUGGCUGUCGGAUUAUUCUCUGUGGAAGGAGCUGCCAUUCGUGAAAAGCGGCAAUUGAAUUCUCUGCUGACUCUCAGUGGAGAAUCGAAUGCUAGGAUUGAAAAUGGUACGAUCAUCUGUGACACUCUGACCUGUCCACCGGCAUCGUUCAAGUGUAUCAUCGUGAAAAACAACACCAAGGAGGACUUCAACACGAUCGAGGUGACGCGCGAGUGCCUUGACCCGGCCGGUAAAGCCACGGCCAAAACGGUGGAACGCGAGAAGAACAAGUUCCCCGGAUCGCAUUUCGAGAGCUACGCGGAAAUUGAUAAGAACGGAAACAUCGCCUCGUUCGAUAACCGGGGCAACUCGUACAAUCAUUCCGGCAGCGGUGAUGUUCACUCCUAUUUGUACCAGCAGAUUGAGGACUUACAUAAGGCGAUCAUAGAACAGCUGCACAAUGCCGGGCCGGCAACACCAUUUCGGAUUCCCUGAACGGGCGUGAUGCGGCGAAGAAACGUGACACAGGGUUAUGUUUUAGUUAAGCGCAAAUUGGCUCAUAUUAGAAUUUAAUUUAUCAAUAAAAAAACUACAUAGAAAACCGUUCAUCAAGAAUGAAAACCAAAUUGAUGAUGUAAGUUUGAAUAGGCCGGCUUUGAUGGAUUGAUUUAUGGUACGGGGCGCAACCAGGCUACCUGAUUCAUGGAUGAGAAAAUUCCCACGCUUGGAAUUGGAAUAACAAUGGCGAAUUUCAACAUUAGUUUUGUGCGUGCCGUUUAUUUGUUAAAACGAUAUGUUUUCUAAUCACGCGAAUCGGUUGUAAGCUAAUCAAUUGUGAUAUGUAGAUAAAUAAAUUCGACCUGUAUGUUAACAUUACGUAUUAGUGUAGCUUCUCUUGUUCUCGCAGUCUAGCCGGAAUGAUAUAUAGUAUUUUAAUUUGCAAUGCCUGAUUCGGUUGUUAUACUAUUACGAAGAUGAUGUAAUUACCCGGAUCUGUUCAGUAAAAUCCCACAUUUAGAAUUGAUUCAAUGGAGGAAAGAAAUGAUUUGUUAGCUUCAGAUAGCUCAUUUGAGUACUAUAAUGCCCCACAUUCCGAAUAAAUGAUUUAAGAAAAUUAUGUUUAUUGCAUUCAAAAUUCCACUUAGUGUAGAAAUUAGAU